AACGGAAUCAAUCACAGGUCUUUCGUGUUCCGUGUUGAAUUGUCAACUUUCGUUACAUUCAGCGGAACGCAUAACCUCAUUUAAAUAAAUAACGGAUAAUCUCAUUUGCAUAAAUAAGUUUAUGCAAAAUGAACGUGAGCGAAGGAAUCAAUUUAAAAUGCGGCUAUUGUGGCUGGCUUAUCGCGGGAUCCUGUGGUAAUAUAUUUCGGCACAAAUGUUUCAAGAAAUUCUCAGAAGAAAUGCAUGCAUUGCAUGUUGAUGAGAACCAUGUUGCAAGAAUGAUCGCGAGAAAUUACUACAAAGAAAAUGACCCACAAAAUACAAGCGUAAUCCCUGUCGAGGACAAUUCAAAAUCAAUAUCAGACGAUAGUGAUGAGAUUUUAAUCGAACUUGUCUUCCAAAGACCCGCAAUUUGGAACUAUAAAUUACCUUUAAGGGAUAGGACCAAAUUAAAGAUCGAGGCUCUUUGGGUGGAAAUUUCGAAUGUGAUGGGAGGAGGUAAAGCGACUCCUACAUGGGCUAAAACUCGCUGGAGAGAUUUACGUGAUUCCUAUGUAAAAGCGAGAAAGAAAGCAAGAGCUUAUAUUCCAAGUGGAUCCGACGCAGAGAGUGCAACAAAAUUGCGAUCUACUUCGUUCAGAUUUUUUAAACAAAUGCAAUUUUUAGAAGUAGCUUACACUACAGAAACCACGAUAAGCUCACUGGACCCGAUUCCGUUACAGAUCAGUCAAAAUUCUAAUGCAGAUUUAGAUGGAUGUUUUAGUGGAGCUGCAACAAAUGUAGAUGCAUUAACAGUGCCACUAGGGCCAUCGCCAAUAAAAGUACCCAGUGGACCAUCAUCAGCUCCUCUUCUGUUAAUUUCUGAAACAGCAGUAACAAGAGCUAGUCCAGCAUUAACAAAAAAAAGAAAGUAUCAAGACACUGAUCCAAGUGGAGUUGCAACAGAUGCAGAUGCAUUAACACUGCUACAGAGGCCAUCACCAAUAAUAGUGGAACCUAGUGAACUAUUAUCGGCUCCUCUUUUGUUAACUUCCGAAACAGCUGUAACACCAAAAACUAGUCCUGCGUUAACAAAAAAUAAAAAAAAGCAUCAAGACACUGCAAUGCAGGAAGUUCUACUAGAAGCUUUACGCGAGUCUUCAAAAGCCCCAGAUGCAGUGGAUGGAAUGCUGCUAAUGUUAGGAGAAGGCCUGCGACGUUUGUCAUUCCGGAAAAGAUUUCUGCUACAGAUUAAAUGGCUAGGUGAGCUAAUGGAAGCUCAAGAGCGUAGUUUAACUACCAAUGAAUAGUGAUGAAUAUGUGAUAUGAAGUACAAAGAAACGCAAGCCGAGUGCAUGCUUUCUAGCUCCACGGUUACUUCGAUGAAAAUGACAAUGUUGAUUCAUAUUUGUACAAUUUUAUUUUAUUUUUAUAUUGAUUC